UCGACCUCGUCUUCUCCGUCCACUCCACUCCUCUAAAUCUCUCAGAUCUCUCUCUCUCUCUCUUUGUGAUCAUCGAGCAACAACAAUGGCGGUUUCUUCUUCUUCGUUUCUAUCGACGGCUUCUCUCUCCAAUUCCAAAUCCACCAUUUCAUUCGCUUCCUCCGUCUCCCCUACGCCUAUCCCUUCCCUCCGCCGCGUCGUUUUCCGCUCCUCGAUUCCGGCGUCUUCUCACCGGAGAGUCAUGACGGUCCGAUCCAAAAUCAGGGAAAUUUUCAUGCCGGCGCUCUCUUCAACAAUGACGGAAGGGAAAAUCGUAUCCUGGAUCAAAACCGAAGGCGAGAAACUCGCCAAGGGAGAGAGUGUUGUCGUUGUGGAGUCCGAUAAGGCGGAUAUGGAUGUAGAAACCUUCUACGACGGUUAUCUCGCCGCAAUCGUCGUCGGAGAGGGAGAGACAGCUCCGGUAGGCGCUGCAAUUGGAUUGUUGGCGGAGACUGAAGCUGAGAUCGAAGAAGCUAAGACCAAAGCCGCAUCGAAAUCUUCCUCUUCCUCUUCCUCUCCACCCGCUGCUGCGGAGGCCCUUGUUCCAUCUCCUCCUCCUGCUACUUCAUCUCCCGCGCCGGCGAUCGCUCAGCCGGCUCCGGUGGCGACGGUACCAGAUGGUCCGAGAAAAACCGUCGCGACGCCGUAUGCUAAGAAGCUCGCGAAACAGCACAAGGUAGAUAUCGGAUCCAUUGCAGGAACUGGACCAUUCGGUAGGAUUACGGCUUCUGACGUGGAGGCGGCGGCAGGAAUUGCUCCUUCCAAAUCCACCGUGGCACCGCCGCCUUCUCCUCCUCCGGCACCAACAGCUACGGCGGCGACGGCGAAACCUACCACCACUAACUUGCCUCCUCUAUUGCCUGAUUCCAGCAUUGUCCCUUUCACAGCAAUGCAAUCUGCAGUUUCCAAAAACAUGAUCGAGAGUCUCUCCGUUCCCACAUUCCGUGUUGGUUAUCCUGUGAACACUGAUGCUCUCGAUGCACUCUAUGAAAAGGUGAAGCCAAAGGGUGUAACAAUGACCGCCUUAUUGGCCAAAGCUGCAGGGAUGGCUCUUGCGCAGCAUCCUGUGGUGAACGCAAGCUGCAAAGAUGGGAAGAGUUUUAGUUACAAUAGUAACAUUAACAUUGCGGUUGCUGUUGCUAUCAAUGGGGGGCUCAUUACGCCUGUUCUACAAGAUGCAGAUAAGUUGGAUUUAUACUUGUUAUCCCAAAAAUGGAAAGAGCUGGUGGGGAAAGCUAGAAGCAAGCAAUUGCAACCUCAUGAAUACAACUCUGGCACUUUCACUUUGUCGAAUCUCGGUAUGUUUGGAGUGGAUAGAUUUGAUGCAAUUCUCCCGCCAGGACAGGGUGCUAUAAUGGCUGUUGGAGCGUCAAAGCCAACUGUUGUUGCUGACAAGGAUGGAUUCUUCAGUGUGAAAAACAAAAUGCUGGUGAAUGUGACUGCAGAUCAUCGAAUUGUCUAUGGAGCUGACCUGGCUGCUUUUCUUCAAACCUUUGCAAAGAUCGUUGAGAAUCCAGAUAGUUUGACCUUAUAGACGCCAAUGUCUAAACUAAAAUUGGACACGAGAGACGAACAGUUUCCAAACUUCCUCAACCAAUUUUUUUCUCUAGUAAAAAAGAAAAGAUUUUAGUUUUUAAUUGUUUCACUGUCCUUGUGUCUUGUUCUUCUUUUGCAGCUUGCUUGGUUCACUUGUCUUGUGUCUGUAUUUUUUGGUCUUUGUAUUUUGUUUUCCGGAAUAAUCCAUUUUGGUUUUUCACACAA